AUGUUCCCUUCAACCGAACCAUCAGGUUUAGACUGGCAGAAGGAAGCGACAUGCGCGGUGCAUCGUGCAUUUUGCUGGCCGGUUUUCGGAGCACUUGCCCUCCUUCGUGACACUGCAUGGCAUCCUGCGGGAUUUUGUGAAGCAGCAACUUCCUUCUCAAAUGCCUUGUACAACGCUGUGCAGACAAAUGAGGCCGUUCCAUUAAAGCAAAGCCUUGAUUUUCUUCAUGAACCUCCAAGAAGCUGUGGUGAGCAAGACGCUCGAGUUUUGCGGGCAGCAGCCACUCUGGCGGUGGCUGACUGGGCUCGUCGAACUGCAAAAAGAGGUGUGCAGUCAGUAGAAGAGGAAGUUCAAGAUGCAGUAGCCACUGCCUAUGCACUCGUUUCGGAAGUGUUGGAAGGCGAGGGCGGCGGCCCAUCCUUCCUGGGCCUCCAAGCGCUGUCAAUGCUCCCCGGUGGCUCCGAGCUCUUAUGGAUCCUUGAUAGGCUUCAAUGUGCCCCAGUUGUCAGCAUGACAGCACAAGCUCAUGAGUUCUGGAAAGGAGCAGAAAAUGUGGGAAUGAAGAACGACGUUGAGAUCAACUACAAGCUGUCCAUUUUUCCCUAUAGGGAAUUGGUGUCAGAUUUUGUGCGAGCUCGUCAAGUACCAUAUUGCAAUGAAUCGAUUCUGCAGCUGGUGCAAGCUUUAGCCCGACGUUUGGACCACUCGAACGCGCGCUCCGUCCAGGUCAUUGAGAUCGGUGCCAAUCUCGGUGACUGCGCCCUGUGGAUCGCGAGGCGCAUGCAAGCAGUGCCCGGACUUCGGCGCAUCAAGGUGAUUGCCUUGGAGGCAGUGCCCGCGGCGGCGAGGAGGUUUGAAGAGUCGGUGCAGUUGAACAACCUCUCCGGAAUCAUCCAGGUCGUCAAUGUUGCAGCGGGGCAAGUGAGCGGGUCUGUAAGUCUGCGAGCCAAGCCGAUGAGCUCCAACUCCUACACUUUGGUGAAUGAUGAGGGCUCGGCAACCGAUUCUGCAACGGUUCCAACCAGAGCGUUGGAUGAUUUGCUGGACGGGAGCUCCCAGGUGGACUUACUCAUUAGCCAUACCAACGGGCAAGAGUUGUCGGUGCUGCGGGGAGCCACGCGUCUCCUACGGCACUCACGAAGAUUGGUGGUUCUGCUUCAGCUUUACGGUCCGCAAUCGGGCGUCAUCCGUGAUCCCAAGUAUGAUGCAAGCAGACCCGUGAGGUGGCUGGCAAACAGAGGCUUCAGGAUUUGGCUGUCACAGCGUAAAGGCCUGCGCUUGGAGACCCCGGGUGUCCUGCAACGCCACUUCAAAGAGGGGGAGCAAGUGGUGAAUGUGAUUGCCAUUCGAAAGCAUCAGAGGCAUCUCCUCAGUGCACCUCCGCCGCGGCGUGUUGCCCAGCGGACGUGUCUCGACCUCGCCCGCGGCGAACGGCCCAAUAGUUGGGCUGAGGUGGAUGGCCGAGUUCUCAGGGAGAAUCUGCAUGUGGUUCGGAUCUACUUGGAACGGCACUUCGGAGUGGCACCGCCCAUCGGUGCCGUGCUGAAGGCAAAUGCCUAUGGGCAUGGAGCUGUGUUGGCAGGCCGAGUUCUGGCAUCCGCCAGGAUUGACGCGCUCUUUGUGUCUGAAAUCGAGACGGGGUUGAUGUUGCGAAUGGCACCAGAAGUGCCCACGUCUUUGCCUGUGAUCUUACUGUACCGCUCACCUGAUGAAAUCACCACCUGCAAGUUAGCAAACGCCAACAUCACCGUGUCUCUCCUAUCCAUGGCCUGGCUCAAGCAGGCAUUGAUGUGGCAAUCUUGCAGCGCAAGGCUCAGGCUUCACAUGAUGAUGGACACUGGUUUGAAUAGAGAAGGCCUCGCGAUUGAGGAGGUCACCGAAGCAGCAGAGAUUCUUCUCAAAGAAUGGCCUCGCUGGUCACUGGAGGGUUUUUAUACACAUUGGUGCUGCGUGUACGACGUGGAAGAAAUGCAUCGCUCGUUGGCACGCUUUGAGCAAGGGCUCGCGCUUGUCGAGGAAGUGAGAAGAGCGAUCGGAGGAGAUGCAACGACAUGUCCUUUGACGGUUCACACCUCGAGCAGCUCAAGUGUGCUAUUUGGAGUCCAUUAUGACCUCCUCCGGCUGGGGGGUUUGCUGUUUGGAGAUCCCGUGGCCAUCUCAGAUGGUACCGGAGGUUCUGUGAGAUUGCCAGGGCCACACAGAACACUCCUUUGGAAAAGCAGCAUUACGGCACUACGCUGGUCUGUCCCUGGAGAGCGCUUCUCCAGGUGUACAGCCUCUUCUGGAUGUGCCCGUGGUCCGAUUUUCGACCGACGACUUUUGCUUGGUAUCAUUCCAGUGGGAGCAUAUGAAUUCAGUGAUUCCAACAUCGUCAGCAGUCAGUAUCGAGAAAAGUUAGUCCUGCUCGAGAAGUCAACAGAUUCAAUCCUGGUCGAAAUUCCUGCUACCUCACGCACAUUUCAUGAAGCAUUUGAAGGGAUGGAGGUGCUUUUAUGCGCUGAAAACUGCGUGCAGGGGCUCUUCAAUGUUCCAGAGCUGCCAAGCUGCAUUGUUUUUCCAGGGACGAGCUUUGGCGCUAAGGUCUUCGACUCCUUCAAUUUGCGUGUUGUCUUUGAGAGGGACAAGACAGGCUUUGAAGAGAGCAAGGAGUUCCCUAUCCGAACCAAUACGGUCGUAGCCGCCAGGUAUCAAAUAAUUGAAUACCUUGGCUCUGCCGCAUUCUCGAGAGCGGUGCAGUGCUUGGACUUGGACACAAACAGGAUGGUAUGCAUGAAGAUUAUCAAGAAUGAUAAGGAUUUUUUUGACCAGUCGCUGGAUGAGAUCAAGCUGUUGAAGUACAUCAAUGUCAAUGGCAAUGUGGACGAGCAACAUGUCUUGCGUCUUUAUGAUCACUUUUAUCACAAGGAGCACCUGAUUAUUGUCACCGAGCUGCUCCGGGACAACCUGUACGAAUUUAGUAAAUACAAUCGUGAAUGCGGUGAUGAGCCAUAUUUUACCAUGGGUCGCCUACAAAAAAUCUCCAAGCAGAUCUUGACCGCCUUGGAGUACGUUCAUUCCUUAAGACUGAUUCAUUGCGACUUGAAACCUGAGAACAUCUUGAUCAAGUCAUACAGCAGGUGCGAGGUCAAGGUCAUAGACUUUGGCUCUUCUUGCUUUGUGGACGAUCACCUUUCUUCAUAUGUGCAGUCAAGAUCAUAUCGAGCACCCGAGGUGAUGCUGGGUCUUCCCUAUGAUCAGAAAAUUGAUCUUUGGUCUUUGGGCUGUAUCAUUGCGGAACUUUGGACAGGUUACGUUCUUUUCCAAAAUGAUUCGGUGCAGAGCUUACUGGCUCGCAUCCUGGGAAUCAUCGGUGACUUCCCGUAUCAUCUGAUGACGAGUGGCAAGUAUGUGCCGCAGUACUUCACUCAGGAUGGGCAGCUGUACCAAGAAAUUGAGGGGCAACCGUGCCCAGAACGCGGACGUCGUUUGCAUCUUCUGGUGCCAAAGAAGACAUCACUGCGCCAGCGAAUGCGAACGGAGGAUGAGGUUUUUCUCGACUUCCUGACCCAGUUGCUGCAGCUGGAUCCAACGAAGAGACCAGGUGCAGCUGAGGCUUCACAACAUCCAUUCCUGGCUCCGGGCAGAAUUCCGGACUUCACGGAGGAUGCAGAGAUGCUUUCCUGGGCGGGAGUCGGGCUUGGAGGAGCCGAAUCCUUCCAGGUGAUGUGCUCUUUGCGGAACCUGGCUGCCAAUCAAAAGGAUGGCCUUAACAAGCUGAGAUUCUGGGGCAAGGUUCUUGGAACGGAGGCAGACUACUACGUUGCAGAGGCACAGCGUGAUGGCGGUGAUGAGGAUCCGGAUCCAGAUGCAGAUCAACCUGGUCAGGGAGCAAAUCAGUUUACCUACUAUGUGACCAAUGACUUGGCCGGGGCAUGGCGCAAGUUGCCAGAUAUCAAGCCCAAGGAGAUCCUGGCGGCGCGAGCCAUCAAGAGGCUCCUGACGGGCAACGCAGGAUCCAAGGUCAUUACACAGCCUUACUUUGAGGGCAAGGAAGAGGUGUACCUACGCGCGCAAAUUGCUCGAAUCACCGCAGACACCACGAUUUGCCCGAAAGGUUUCUUGUACAAGGAGGAAGAAGACUCACCCAUUGAGCAGAACCCUGAGUUCAAGUGUCCUCCUCCUUCGGACCUACUGAAAAAGGAGGCAUGGACUCACAUGCAGCCUCACAUUCUGCUCAAUGGUCGCACAGUCCACCAAGAAAUCCCAGAGGGCGAUACGGAAGACGAAAUCGCAUUGGCCGCAAAGAUGAAGGAGGAACAGGAAGCUGACCCCGUCCCAGAGUUAAUUCGUGGUCUUCACGAAGAUCAUCUCCAGUGGUCUGUGAAGCAGGCUGGUGAUGCUACAAUGUAUCGUGCUACACCAGACCCUGCUGCUCCUUUAAGGUCAAGUGCAGUUGUUUAUGUCCGCUCGCUGUCUUGGCCGGGUGCAGUGUGCGCCAUUCGGAAUGGGCAGUUUGUGAACAUCUAUGUCGGCUAUGGUCUUGCUGCAGUGUCCAGCAAUUUCUUUCCAAUGGCACCUCCGGAUGUUCAAGACGAGCCAGAGGAUCCAGGAGAAGUGGAGGAACCUCAAGGCUCGGAGGAGCCACCAGCCGCUGAGGAGUGA